ACUCUUGCCAACUAGACGGCGCCUUGUAUUCAUUCAUUCAUUCCUUCCCUUUUACUUUACUUGUUCACCUAAUCCUAGCUACCAGCAUCAUCUACUUACUCAUCAUUCUCUUCUGGUAGAGAUCUCCGAUCUCCCCAUCCCAUCCCAUUCCAUCCAACCACCGCCACAACCAACGUUGCUCCUCGCCUUGAUCUGCCAAUUUGCAUCGGCUUUUUAUUGUUGUUACGAUUAAUGGAUUUCAAAUGACUCUUACUCUUACAUUUAUGCUGCUGAAAAAACAACAACAACAACAACAACUCAUCCUCCUCUUCCUCCUCAAUAAAGGCUCCAUCUUUAUUAGAGCACUAUCAUCAACAUCAACAUCAACAUCUACAUCUACAUCUACAUCUACAUCUUUGUAUCCCAAUUUCAACCCAAAUGGCCAACUCUUCCAAUCCUCCUUACGCUAUGUCGAUCGGAGACAAACCACCACGCCCACGCCCGGAGCAGCAGCAGCAGCAGCAGCAGGAGGAAGCCCAAGGCAAGUGGUCCUCCAUAUGCAUGGUAGCUCUCUGUCCCUCUCUCGUCUGCAUCAUUCUCCUCCUCAUUAUACUCUCCAUCGUCUUAAUUGUCAAGUUCCGCAUCUUAUGCCACACCCCCCUCCACUCUCUCUCCUCCGGCCUCUACAAGAAAAGUUGCAAACCCUCUUCCUAGCUCCUCCAACCCCUCCUCCUCCUCCUACGAUUACUACUAAUAGAGGUUUAUGUAGUAGGGUUUCAAAUGGGGAUUCUGAUUCCGAGACCGCGGAUGUUGAGAAUUGCGAGGGUGUUCACUGUGAAAAUGUCAAUUCCAUGGCGGAUUGGAAAGAAGUUGAUAGGGUAUGCAAGGUGGUCGACGAAUUGUUUGCUUUGGAUCGGAAUAUGGAGGCUGUUUUGGAUGAGUGUGGGGUCAUUCUCAACCAUGAUCUGGUUGUCCAAGUGUUGGAACGGUUCCGCCACGCUAGGCGUCCGGCCUUUCGCUUCUUCUGCUGGGCAGGGCAGAGGCCUAGCCCUGGCUACUCCCACAAUUCCAGGACGUACAAUAAGAUGAUGUUGAUACUUGGGAAAGCUAGGCAAUUCGAAACCAUGGUGAUAGUGCUUGAAGAAAUGGGUGAGAGAGAGCUGCUCACAUUGGAGACUUUUCAGAUUGCAAUUAAAGCCUUUGCAGAGGCUCAAGAGAGGAAGAAAGCAGUUGGGAUUUUUGAAUUGAUGAAAAAGUAUAAAUUCAAAGUUGGCGUUGAUACCAUUAAUUGUUUGCUUGAUUCACUUGGGAGAGCAAAACUUGGAAAGGAAGCUCAACUCUUGUUUGAAAGUUUGAAAGAGAGAUUUACACCGAAUUUGAGGACCUAUACGGUUUUGCUUAAUGGGUGGUGCAGGGUGAAGAAUUUAAUGGAGGCAGGGAAGGUGUGGAAUGAUAUGACUGAUAAAGGUUUCAAACCGGAUAUUGUUGCCCAUCAUACAAUGCUUGAAGGGUUGUUGAGGUGUAGAAAGAGGUCUGAUGCGAUCAAGUUGUUUGAGGUCAUGAAGUCCAAGGGCCCAUGUCCUAGUGUUCGAAGCUAUACAAUCUUGAUUAGGGAUUUAUGCAAGCAAAUGAAGAUGAGAGAAGCUGUUGAAUACUUUGAGGAGAUGCUUGAUUAUGGCUGUGAGCCGGAUGCUGCAGUUUAUACAUGUUUGAUUACCGGGUUUGGGAAUCAAAAGAAGAUGGACAAAGUUUAUGGAUUGUUGAGGGAGAUGAAAGAAAAAGGAUGCCCACCAGAUGUGCAAACUUACAAUGCCUUGAUUAAAUUGAUGACAAAUAGGCAAAUGCCGGAUGAUGCAGUUAGGAUUUACAAAAAGAUGAUUCAAAGUGGUUUUCAACCAACAAUCCACACUUACAAUAUGAUGAUGAAGUCCUACUUUCAGAUGAAAAAUUACGGUAUGGGUUGUGCAGUUUGGGCAGAGAUGAUUCGGAAGGGAUGUUGCCCUGAUGAUAAUUCUUACAUUGUCUUAAUUGGAGGGCUUAUAAGGCAGGGAAGAUCAGAGGAAGCUUGUAAAUAUGUGGAGGAAAUGAUAGAGAAAGGAAUGAAAGCUCCUCAACUUGAUUACAACAAGUUUGCUGCUGAUUUCUCUAGAAUUGGCAAACCUGACAUACUAGAGGAGUUGUCCCAAAAGAUGAAGUUCUCGGGAAAGUUUGAGGCGUCCAAUCUUUUUGGAAGGUGGGCUAAGAUGAUGAGGAACAGGGUUAAGAGAAGAGAUCGUGUUAAAAAUGAUAAGCACAUUGCCUGAGUUACUGGCUUUGUCACAACAAGAUAGUGUUUUUUAAUGUCGCAUGAAUGAUGAAUCUUGGAGACUAUUGUUUCUCUAUGUAUGUAAUGGUCAGUUGUUUUUGUUGUUUGCAUUGUACACAUUCGGUUACAUCCUUCGCUUUUAGUGUUACAAUUAUUUACCAAUCUAAUUACCAGUUGUUGAGAUGUAUCAUUUGUCUAAAGAGUCUUCACUGUUAAUUUCCAGGCAAUAUAAAUUUUGGUUUGUAGCCUUUUCAUAUGA